AUGUUGCAAAAUUCGCAUACACCUAACAAACAUGCUUAUUUCAUACCAUUUCUCGAUCAAAAAUAUGAUGAUAUCUAUCGUGAGUGUAGAACAAAACGUAUCCAAUUUACAGAUUCAAAAUUUCCACCAAAUCAAGACUCGUUAUUCAGAGGUCAAUCAAUAAAACACAUCAUUUGGAAGCGACCUUAUGAUGUUACCGAUACACCAAAAUUUUUUGUGAAAACACCACAUAGACGUGAUCCAGGACAAGGAGAAUUAAGCGAUUGUUGGUUCAUCGUUGCCGUAGCUGGCAUUACGUUACAUAAACAAAUUUUUGAACGGGUGAUACCUCUAAAUCAAACAUUUGAUAGAAAACAGUAUGCUGGAAUGUUUCAUUUUCGAUUUUGGCAAUUUGGUACAUGGUACGAUAUUGUUGUAUAUGAUUAUUUACCAUUCAAUAGGAAAACACUGCAACCUUGGUGUUGUUGGAACAGACAAGAACCAAACGAAUUUUGGUGUUCAUUAUUAGAAAAAGCCUAUGCCAAGUUGAAUGGUGGUUAUCGGAAUUUGAUUGGUGGUGCACCAAUUGAGGCGUUUACCGAUUUAACUGCGGGUGUUGAACAACGAUUUAAACUGAAUUCGUCAAUUAAAAAUGUGAAUCAGUUUUUUAAUUUUCUUGUUGACAGUUUAAAACAUGGAUGUUUAAUGGCUUGUUCAAUUAAUCCGAAAUCGGAUGGCUCGGAUAUUGAAGAAAUAAAAGCAAAUAGAUUGGUCGUCGGUCAUUCAUAUUCCGUAACGGCAGUAAGAUAUUUAAAAUAUGAACGACAGAUACUACGAAUGAUUCGUUUACGAAACCCUUGGGCAAACGAAAUUGAAUGGAGUGGAUCAUGGAGAGAUGAUGAUACCAGAUGGAAUCAAUUAGACAAAAAUACACAACGAAAAAUGUCGUGGGAUCCUGCUGAUGAUGGAGAGUUUUGGAUGACAUUUUUUGACUUCUUUCAUGAGUUUGACAUUUUAGAAGUUUGUCAUUUGUCACCUGAUACCUUUGAAGAAGAGUUGGAUUUCCAUCUACAAAGUUUGCCAUUAAUACAAUCAACACAAACUGAGAAAAGUCGAAGAUCAAAUGCGACUACGAUGUUGAAAGAUGAAAAUUUUUCAAUGCAUACACCAUUAUCGGCAUCGAUGAUGUGUGAUAGACCACUAAAUCGUAAAGUAUGGUCAUGUUUAUCAUUUGAAGGCCAGUGGAUUCAUGGCAUAUCAGCUGGUGGUCGAUGUGCAACGAAAUGUAGACAUGGUUGUCAUUACUGGAGUAAUCCUCAAUAUGAGAUUGAAAUGUGUGCUGAUAAUGAAUAUGUUAAAUGCGCUUUGGUGAUAUCGUUAAUGCAAAAAUAUAAUCGUUUGACUCCUAUCGAUGAUCCUAUCAAUCGAUACGAUUACAUUCAGGCUAGAAUAUAUAAAAUAAACACUGUUUCAUCUUCAUCAACGAAUGCUGUUCCUUCCACGGCCAUAACAAGAAAAUCCGACGGAAAAGUAGUGGGUACCAACGGUUAUUCGGCUGAAGAUUUAGAUUAUGUUGGUUAUACCGGUUCUUAUAUAAACCGACGUGAAGUAACAUCGUAUCUGCGUGUCAAUCCAGGAAAAUAUUUAAUUAUACCAUCUACUUAUGAGCCAAAUAAAGAAGGCUACUUUUUGUUACGAGUUCUCAAUGAUAGUCGAAUAUCUCUUACUAGUUCACAAUUUAUUCCAUCUAUCUCCGAUUUUCCACAAGAUGAAUCCGUUCGUGAACAACUUUCGCUUAUGUUAGAAAAUGUUUUGUUUCUUGGCGAUUUAGCAUUAUUCUUUCCAGAUGUAUUUCAUCGUUUUUACGAUAAUGAUCAACAACGAACAGUUUUAACAUCUUGGUGUUAUUCAUUUGCUUAUGAAACAAAUUUUUACGAUCAUGACUCAUUAAAAAUUCUUGAACUGAUGGCACAAGAACUUCGAUUGAUAGAUCGUGAUCCAACAUUUGUAAACCCAUAUGCAGAAGGAAAACCGACAUCUAAACAGCGUACUUCAUCCGAGCGUCAAGAAAAUUUACCACCUUCGUCUAAAACUACUAAAAAACCAAAAGAAAAGGUGAAAAAGAAGCGUGGUCCUGGUUUAUCUGGAUCUCAUUCUCAUCCUUAUCUAAUUCAUGCAAGUGAAAUGGUUCGAAAAACAUUAUGCGGUGUCAUUGAAAGUCCAUCAAAUUAUGAUUUGUCUCCUGACGAUGUUGCUGUCGUUACUCUUUGUGAUAUAACAUUGUAUGAUGUACAACGCGUUGAUUUUCCACAUAUUCCUCAACAAUAUAUUAUUUGUAAAACAAAAAUUGACGAUUGUGAUUAUUUUCCUAUUCCCUUUACGUUAUAUUACAACGCUGAAGAAAUUGAUCAUAAUCUUUGUUAUGGUAUACGUGUUGAUAUUUUAGGUAGUGGAAAUCAAAUUAAAUUCAGUUCAGAAAAAUUUAUUCCCGUAUUAACGGAUCAACAUCCAUCAACAAAUGUCAAAAUUAUGGUUGUACCAACAUCAAAUAAUAAUACACGAGAAGCAUAUUAA